CCCAAGCUUGUUGGUGAAACAAGUUCGCAGCGGAGAAGAUCGUCAUCACUAGGGCACCUGGUAAGAGGAAUCGAGAAGCGAUCAUUGUCGGAAGAACCAACCAUCAAGAAAUAGUUGGAGGAGUUGACGACAUCCAUAGCAAGCAUGAAGAGUUUUAUUGAUGCUGAGCGGGAACGUAAGAACGAAGAAGAGCGACUGAAGAAAGAAAAGGAGAAGCAGGAGCAGGAGAUUGCCGAACAACGUAAACGAGAGGAGAUGGAGCAACAAGCGAGGGAGCGAAGAUCCAAAAAGAAGGAGGAGAGGAAGAGGAAAGAAGCAUAGGCUAGAGCAACCAUGCUUAAGGAGAUGCGCAUGGAGAUGAAGCUGCACAUAAACGCCAUGAGCGAAGGAGUGCAUGAUCGGCUGUUGCAGGCGAUGAUUUCAGAGGAGGCGAAAGGGAAGACGAAGGUGUCAGACAAUGCCUCGGAUGACUCCGCUUACAGUUCUGGUGACAGCGAGAUUGAAGCUUUGAGCGGUGAAGCCGAGCGAUUGAUCAUCCAAGAGAAACGCAAGCGAGGCGCUGACGAACCCGUAGGUGAUAGCCCGCUUGUGACGACGCCUGCGAAGAUAUCUGCCAAGAGGGUCGGUAUGGACCCUAAGAAGCUUAUGUUGAGCUGCCGCCACCCACCAAUGAAGAAACAGUCCCCUAGGAAGUGGACACCGGCAACGGCCUCGUUGACUAGGAGACGGAAGAUCCCAGCAUCACCUGGUGCGACGGGGAAGCUGAAAUAUGUUCAGGACAACUUGCGUGAACUAGGCGCGCUUAACAUCGAGGAACUGAGGAUGAUCUGCUGCGGUGAGAAUGUCAAUUGCGAAGGGAAGAAAAUGGACAUCAUUCUUGCUAUUACGGAAAAAUGCGCACAUACCGCCUAUGGUACGGACGAGGAUGAAGGUGCUAAGAAGAUGUGGAAGCCGUGGACGAUGAUAAUAAAUCGGCCAACGAGUCAGAGGACGAUAAAGAGAAAGACACGUGAACAAACAGCGACUACUGGAGGCUUUGCAGAACGUUGGUGAUAGAGAGAAGGAGAGGAUCGUACGAUGACGCAGUGGAAAUUGUCUAUUGUCUUAUUGUUGUGAUACUGGCACUAAGGAAUCA